GUGAUUUUAUGUACAGAUGAAUACUUAAAAACCUGCUUAGAAAAUUGUCAAAUACAUGUAUUGCAAUCACAAUAAGACAUACCCUGUACUCCCAUUUUAUGCACUGGUACAUGUUCGUCCAUGAGAUUAUUCUUUAAUAAGGCAUAAAUAUCUGAACUAGUCUUACAGCUGUAUAGAUAAAUUAAAUAUAUUAGAGGAAUAGAUAUAUAGUUGAAAACCUGUACAUAUAUACACAUCACCCUCAUACACUGGUACCUGAAAAUCCAUUAAAUUAAUCAUAUAUAUUAACUAUAAUAAUAAUAAAAGUAAUUACAUUAUUAAUACAAUUUCAUUUUACUGUUUUGCGACAGGUCAUCAAGUUCCCAAAGAACCCUAGAGAUGUAAAUGAACCAUGACCAAGUUCCAUGGAAUCGCCCACCUGCCUGGAAUUAUUGGAGCAAUAGAUGGCACACAUGUUUGCCUACAUGGUUGCUGCCUUAAGCCCGACGAGCAUAUCUUCGUAAAUAGAAAAAGCAGGCAUUCGAUCAAUGUGCAACUCGUGUGCGACGCAAAAUUCCGCAUUACCAACGUGGUAGCCAGAUGGGGAGGCAGUACACACGACAGUCGCAUCUUGGAGAACAGUAAGUUGGCUCGAAAGUUCGCCGCUGGACAGUACAAAGGCAUUUUGUUGGGGGACUCAGGGUAUCCCCUUUUCCCUUGGUUAAUGACCCCUCUAUCUCAUCCCAGGACAGAUCAGGAAAAUGCCUACAACAAUGCACACGCAAAAACAAGAUCGAUCAUUGAACAACUUAACGGCCAGCUUAAGAACAAGUUUAGAUGCUUACUAGGCCAUGGAUUGCCUUUCAUCCCUGUGAGAUCAUAUGUCGGGUAAUAACAGCGUGUUGUGUACUAUUCAAUCUUGCAAAAGAUUUUAAAGAACCAAUUUUGGAGGGUGAGGAUGUCCCACUACCUGCAGCAGAAGAGGAUGCCUUAGAGGUGGAACAAGACAAUGACAUUAAUGGUGUAGCUGUCCGAUCGAAUAUCAUUGCAACCUUUGUCUAAGGACAUCUCCAGUUGGAGCAGUACAGUGUAGGCCUAUCAUUAUCUUGAAUUACUUUAUUUGUAUAGAUAUGAACUUACAUAGAUGUAAUACAUCGUUACACAGUUAGUCAGAAAAGAUCAGAAUCUUCCUAUCUACAAUUUGCCUGGUGCCUUGUGAGUCAUAGUUCUUGCUAUUAGCAUUUCAGUGUUUCAAUUACAUGGGUCCAUCUGAUCUACUAGGACUAUAUCAAGAGGUGACUGGUAGAAUAUAUUACCAAUAAAGCCCAACAUAUGAGAGGGACUUUAAUUACAAAAACUACAUUUCACAAAAUUUGAAUGAUGAACAUGUUCAUUCUUUUUUAAUGAGUGAAAUAAAUUUAAU